CCACCUGCCCACAGCAGAUGGUUCUGGGUGGGAAGGAGCCCUAAAACCGUGCCUCGGUUUCCCCAUCAUGCACAGAUCGCAGCAUCUGAUAGAGAAAUCCCCCAAAACGGCACCAUUUCCCCCAAAUUCAGCCCGUGAGGAUGCUGCCCGGCCCUGCACCGUGCGCCCUGAUGCAAGCUGGACAGCUGGGGGCUUAGCCGAGCCCGGCUUCAGUUUCAUUUUUCUGCCAAAAAGGGUGACAAAGAAAAAAAAGAAAGAAAGAUAUGCAAAGACGGAGAGCAGCUGUUUCGCGUUUCCAAACUUAAAACGGUUUGGGAGGAAAAAAAAAACACAACAAAAGCCACAGAAACUUUUCACUGCCCUCCUGCGCGUCCCCGCGAGGUGCACGGCACCCCAAUAACCAGCGCCCCGUCCCCAAAUCGGCCAGGGCAGCACCCCAAAAGCGGACUGGGCUCCUUGUGCCAUCGAUCCGCCAGGAAUGGGAAGAGGUCGUGAGCCAAAGAGGAUGCUGGAGAUGAACCAAAUCCAGCAGCCGGGGAGCUGCAGGGGCUCCCACGGGAGCGAGGAAGGCGAAAGGCACGAAGACGAGGCCUCUCCUGGAGAGCAGGUGGAGAUAUUCACGCAUCUCUUGCUCUCAGCAGCCUUGGGGUGACACCACCAAUGCCAGCCCAAGCCAUGAAGGUGAUGCUCCUGCUGCUGCUUGCUCUCCUUGUGGUGUCCCAGGCUACCACAGUGCCAGACACUGUCAUGUGUCGGAAGAUCAAGGGCGAGUGCUCCUUCUUGCUGUGCUCCUUGUUCAAGAGAUCCAUCGGUACCUGCUACAAUGGCCUGGCGAAGUGCUGCAUACCCUUUUGAUGACCAUCCGUGGUCCAUGUCGGGGCUGGUGGCUUUGGUGGGGUCAGCAGCAGUGACACCUGCAGUGUAAUGUUGUCCGGCUUUACUUGGCUGCUCUUUGUGGUGCUGUCUACACCUGGAGCUGGUGGAAGUCACUUUUGCCACCUGGGUGUCCUAAAGAGGACUCCACAAGGUGGAGUUCCCACCUCUAAGAGGUUUGUUUGGGAACGUGGUCCCUGUUAUGGCCACCUCGGAGGUGGAGGGUGUGAGGUGCAGAGGGCUUGUGCCAGUCAAGCCUCAGAGGUGACAGUGAAACCCGGGGGAACCUUUUCCAGCUCUUGGACUUCCACAUUGCCCUUUCUGCCAACCAAAAUAUCUAAGGGCUUCAGCAUGGGGAUGCCUUUGGAGUCUCACUGCUCUCCUCCCACCUUGUCUCCACCUGAAAUUUGUCUCUCCACCUUCAUCCAGCUGGCUCCUGCAUGGUGAGGUCUGAUUCAGCCCCAGCUCCUCCUCUCCAGGUCUGGCCAACUCUAAUUUGGUCUCUGCUGUGAUGCAGCAAGGGCUGGACACUGAAGUCUUCUGCUCUCCUCCAGACUCUGACAAAUAUCUCAGCCUUACAGCAUGGGAGUGAUUUGUGCUCCUUUUCUCUCCCCUAACAUGUAUUCACCACGUCCAAAGAGUCCGGUCUGAAAAUUAUCUGAGAUGUGUAAAUAUCUAAUA